CAGAGUAUCCACCUGAAGCUGCCUGAGAAAAUGGACGCCAUCUCGGGAGACCCCGUGACCCUCCCCGCCACCUUCAGCACCGACAGGAGGGUCAUGAACAUCGCCUGGUACAAACUGGACCCCAGAGAACCGACUUCCCGCACGCAGAUCUUCUCCUACUACCCUCCUCUCCAGACCAGGGAGUCGUACGGAGAUUACGUCGGCAGGACUUCUCUAGAGGACCAGGCGUCCCUCAGGAUCGCCCGCACCAAACCGGCAGACGAGGGGAAGUACAUCCUGUCUGUGUCCGUGGAGGGAGUCGGCAGCAGCGAGGGGCAGGUCCAACUAGUUCUCAUGGCUCCCCCUACAGUUCGAGUGGGCCCGUCCAAUCCAUACGUCAUCACCAGAGGGAGGUCAACAUCCCUGACAUGCGCAGUGCAGGGCGCCAAACCCAACAUCACGUCACUGCACUGGGAAAAGGACGGGGAGGUCAUUGACCCCAGGAGACAGCCCGCGAAAUAUUCCCACGGGAACGCCGCGGUUCCCGCCCUUCACAUCCGCCACGUGGGCAAGAGCGACGCCGGCGUGUACGCAUGCGUCGCCGAUCACGUGGUCAAGACCGUGAGGGCCUCGCUGCAAGUCAAAGUUUAUUAUCCGGCGUCUAUCCUGAGUAUUUCGGACUCCUUGACCGCAACGGUGGCAGACAGCAUAUCCGUACAGUGCGUCGCAGACGGGAACCCCCCUCCCAACAUCACCUGGUCACGUGACGGGACGCGCCUGCGCAGUGCCGUCCACUCCGUCACCAGUGACAUGCGCACUUCGACCGUGAAGCUGAGUAACGUGAGGGUGAACGACAGCGGGAAGUAUGUCUGUCAGGCGAACAACGGCGUCGGGAGGGCAGCCUCCAGCUCUCUCGUGCUCAACAUCAGAGAGUCCAGGAUGGGCGUGGCGAGCUCCACGGUGGCGGUGGUGGUCGGAGCAUCGGCCGGGGGGCUCUGGUUCAUCGUCUGCGUGGCCCUAGCCGCGUACCUGGUCAAGCGACGGCGUCUCCAGGACGAGAAGAAGAAAUUUGCCUUCUAUUACAACAUGGGCAGGCGGGAGCCGGCCGAGAGGGGAGAGGUGGGGGAGGACAAGGAACCGCCGCCGUACACGGCCAUGCAGGGCAACAAACCUCUGAACAAGGCGCCGAACUACGGAGGAAUCAACACCAUCAGGAAGUCAAUAGGCAGAAAAGAUAGGCGCUAUGCCCGCGCGGUGUACUCGUACCGACCGCGGGAAGAGAACGAGCUACGCCUGGAGGUGGAUGACGUCAUCGAGGUGCUGGAGGGGGAAGAUGGCGGCUGGUGCUUGGGUUACCUGAGGGGCAGGAUAGGCCUGUUCCCCUCCAACUACGUCAGAUUCAUCUCCUCCAGCGAAGUCAGCAGUACACCCUCCGGAGUCAACCUAACUCUACCGGAAGUGACGUACGGCACCCUGGGAGACCCCGUGACCCUCCCCGCCACCUUCAGCACCGACAGGAGGGUCAUGAACAUCGCCUGGUACAAACUGGACCCCAGAGAACCGACUUCCCGCACGCAGAUCUUCUCCUACUACCCUCCUCUCCAGACCAGGGAGUCGUACGGAGAUUACGUCGGCAGGACUUCUCUAGAGGACCAGGCGUCCCUCAGGAUCGCCCGCACCAAACCGGCAGACGAGGGGAAGUACAUCCUGUCUGUGUCUGUGGAGGGGGUCGGCAGCAGCGAGGGGCAGGUCCAACUCUUCCUUAUGGUCCCCCCUACACUGAGGGUAGGCCCGUCCAACCCUUACGUCACCGCCUGGGGGAAGCCAGCUCUGCUGACAUGCGCAGUGCAGGGCGCCAAGCCGAACGUGACGUCACUGCACUGGGAGAAGAACGGCGUGACGAUUGACACGUCAGGGUCUCACACCAAGUUCGUCGGAGGGACCCUACAGAGACCCGCCCUGCACAUACGUCACGUGGGCAGGGCAGACUCCGGCGUGUACGCAUGCGUGGCUGAUCACGUGGUCACCGUCGUCAGAGCCAGCCUGGCCCUGAAUGUGUACUAUCCAUCGUCAGUCCUGAGCAUUUCUGACUCCGUGACGGCCACGGUGUCUGACCACAUCACCCUACAGUGCGUGGCGGACGGAAACCCCCCUCCCAACAUCACCUGGUCACGUGACGGGGUGUGGCUGCCCAGCACCACCAGCCGCCUGACCAGGGACGCCUGGACCUCCACCCUGCAGCUGCGUGACGUCACCGUCAACGACAGCGGCACCUACUGGUGCAGGACCAGCAACCGUGUGGGGAGGGGGGCGUCAAGGUCACUGCAGGUCACCAUCAGAGAGUCCCGACUGGGCAUUGGCAUCUCCACCCUAGCGGUUGUAGUUGGUGCUACAGACAGCGUCCUGGCGAUCGUGGUGUGCGUCGCGCUCUCCACCUACAUCGUGCGCAGGCGGCAGCUCCAGUGUGGCAAGAAGCGGAUCCCUGUUUAUCCCAAGACGGCCAGACAACAGGCAAAUCGCACGGAAGGACCAACAGAGCACUCACCGGCUUACGCAGCGGCGACGCCCUACGUCGGAACGCCCGCUACGUCACCCCACGACGUCACGACGCGUUACGUACCCACGCCCGUUACGUCAGGCUACGUCACAAGGCCUACGUCAUCACCACACGUAACUACACCCGACAAGCCCACGAACGGAACGCCUUGCAAUGGGGGAGUCAACACAAUCCGGAGGACUCUGGGACAGAAAGAAAGGCGGCAUGCCCGUGCCGUAUACUCCUACUUGCCGCGAGAGGAAAACGAGUUACGCCUGGAGGUGGAUGACGUCAUCGAGGUUCUGGAGGGGGAAGAUGGCGGCUGGUGCUUGGGUUACCUGAGGGGCAGGAUAGGCCUGUUCCCCUCCAACUACGUCAGAUUCUCCUUCUCACCAAAAGCUCUCCGCAUCGGGACGAGCCACCGGACGCCUGCAGUAGGGAGUUCCUCACCGCAACUCGGCAGCCUAUAG